AUUUUUUGUUUUUGAAAUUCUUCCCUUAAAUGGUUUCUGAUCAACUCGAUACAGGGUGACGGCUGAAGCGGGUCUCGAGCGAUUUAUUCAACAUUGGGAUUUGGAACAAAAGCUCAGUUUCUUGCCACGCAAACAAGACGUAAGUCGGUGCGCAAAUGUUCGAAUACGCAGUGUUCGUUCGAUCUAUUUUGGGAUUCAGCCUUCUUCAGAGAAACCACGGCAGCGACCUGUUGUGCUGCGGAAGAGGCGACAACGUGUUCGUAAUUCCGUGAACUGGAAACUCUUCGCGUAUCAAUUUGGUAAAGAUCAUUCUCAAGCAGAUCUCUUAUGGAACGAGAAGACUAGGGAAGAAUUCAGGCUUGCAAUCGAGAAUGAGCUUCGCGCGCUCCAGAACGAGAAAGAGCAGGCUCCAUCAGAUGUGCCAAUCUCGUGGAACCAUACUGAGUUUCAGAUUCGCUACCCAUCGCUGCAAGACGAAGUGAAAAUUGGUGACUACUAUCUUCGAUUACUGCUACAAGAAGCUGAUGAGACUGCUACACCUAUUCACAAUCCGUGAG